AUGCGAGUCACAAGAGGAGUUGGUGCAGUUGGGUUGCAGUUUACCCUAUUGGAGAGGGCAUCUUACACUGAGAAGAUUAUGAUGAUUGGAAACAUUGCAUUAGGAGGAAUCAUGCUUUCCCUGAACUUGAUAGGUGUUAUACAAUGGUUUCACCCAAAUAUCACUGGAGUGGAGGCAGAAAAUUUACUGCUGACACGAGGCGUUGAUGGCAGCUUCUUGGCCAGGCCCAGUAAGAGCAAUCCAGGAGACUUCACACUUUCUGUUAGGCGGAAUGGUGCUGUCACUCACAUCAAGAUUCAGAAUACUGGCGAUUAUUAUGAUCUGUAUGGAGGCGAAAAAUUUGCCACGCUGGCUGAGUUAGUACAGUAUUACAUGGAGCAUCAUGGACAAUUGAAAGAAAAGAACGGUGACGUUAUUGAGCUCAAAUACCCCCUCAACUGUGCAGAUCCGACCUCGGAAAGGUGGUUUCAUGGGCACCUCUCUGGGAAAGAAGCAGAGAAAUUAUUAACUGAGAAAGGAAAACAUGGAAGCUUCCUCGUGAGGGAAAGCCAGAGCCACCCUGGGGAUUUUGUUCUUUCUGUCCGCACGGGGGACGAUAAAGGCGAGAAUAAUGAUGGCAAAUCAAAAGUGACGCACGUCAUGAUUCGCUGUCAGGAUCUGAAAUAUGAUGUUGGUGGAGGAGAGAAGUUUGACUCUUUAACAGACCUUGUGGAGCAUUAUAAGAAGAACCCUAUGGUAGAAACUUUGGGUACAGUUCUACAGCUCAAGCAGCCUCUGAAUACAACUCGUAUCAAUGCUGCAGAGAUUGAAAGUCGGGUGAGAGAAUUAAGCAAAUUAGCCGAGACCACAGAUAAAGUCAAACAAGGGUUUUGGGAAGAAUUUGAGACUCUCCAACAGCAGGAAUGCAAGCUCCUCUAUAGUCGUAAAGAAGGUCAACGGCCAGAAAAUAAAAACAAAAACAGAUAUAAGAACAUUUUACCCUUUGAUCAUACCAGGGUCGUCCUACAUGAUGGGGAUCCAAAUGAACCGGUUUCAGAUUACAUUAAUGCAAAUAUUAUCAUGCCUGAAUUUGAGACCAAGUGCAACAAUUCAAAACCCAAAAAGAGUUAUAUUGCAACACAAGGCUGUCUACAGAACACAGUGAACGAUUUCUGGAGAAUGGUGUUCCAGGAGAAUUCACGAGUUAUUGUCAUGACGACGAAAGAAGUAGAGAGAGGGAAGAGUAAAUGUGUCAAGUACUGGCCUGAUGAAUAUGCUCUAAAGGAGUAUGGGGUUAUGCGCGUUAGGAAUGUCAAAGAAAGUGCUGCUCAUGAUUAUACAUUACGAGAACUGAAACUCUCUAAGGUUGGACAAGGGAACACGGAGCGAACUGUGUGGCAGUACCAUUUUAGAACCUGGCCUGAUCACGGUGUGCCCACUGACCCUGGGGGUGUUCUGGACUUUUUAGAAGAGGUCCAUCACAAGCAGGAGAGCAUUCCUGAUGCAGGCCCUGUGGUGGUGCAUUGCAGUGCUGGGAUUGGCAGGACAGGAACUUUCAUUGUGAUUGACAUCCUUAUUGACAUUAUCAGAGAAAAAGGUGUGGAUUGUGACAUUGAUGUUCCCAAGACGAUUCAGAUGGUGAGAUCCCAGCGGUCAGGGAUGGUCCAAACCGAAGCCCAAUACAGAUUUAUCUACAUGGCGGUGCAGCAUUAUAUUGAGACACUGCAGCGCAGAAUCGAAGAGGAACAGAAAAGCAAGAGAAAAGGACAUGAAUAUACAAACAUUAAAUAUUCCCUAGCGGACCAGACAGGUGGAGAUCAAAGUCCUCUACUACCCUGCACACCGACUCCAACCUGUCCAGAAUGUGACUAUUCCCCUUCACCCCCAAAAGGUCAAGAAAGAUGCAAGGACUUUCAUGUGAAGAAUGAAUUUGGAAGGUUUGCAUUCUGACUGUUUAACUUCUGCUAAUAAGCAAAGUGCAAAACUAUAUAAAGAUUAUGAUUUUUUUCUCUCAACAAUACCUGAUUUACAAUUGCUUGUUUUUUAAAUAAGAAGAAAUCAUCUCUACAAUGUAGACAAUGUUAUAUUUUAUAGAAUUUUGUUUUAAAUUGAG